GCGGCAUGGCCCGGGCCGGCGGGGCGGCGGGGCCGCGGCGGCGGGUGCUGGUGCUGAUGGUGCUGGUGGCGGCGGCGGGGCGGCGGGGCCGGGGCGCGGGGCGGCGGCGGGGAGGUGGCCCCCCCGGACACUCCGGCCCCCACGGGCCCCCGACGCCCCCCGGCCCCCCCGUCCGCCCGCUCCUGCUGCUGCUGCCGCUGCCGCUGCCGCUGCCGCCGCCGCCGCCGCCGCCACCGCCGCCCCGCGCCGCGCCCGCCGCCGCCGCCCGCCCGGAGGCGCUGCCCCGGGGGGGGCUGCCCAUGAAGGAAGAGCCGCUGACCGCUGGGCUGCCCUCCGUCCGCUGGCUGCAGGGCACCGGCAUCCUGGACGCCAGCACGGCGGCACAGAGCGGGGUGGGCCUGGCCCGAGCCCACUUUGAGAAGCAGCCCCCCUCCAACCUGCGGAAAUCCAACUUCUUCCACUUCGUCCUGGCCAUGUACGACCGGCAGGGCCAGCCCGUGGAGAUCGAGCGCACCUCCUUCAUCGACUUCGUGGAGAAGGAGCGGGAGCAGAACGGAGAGAAAACCAACAACGGGAUCCACUACCGGCUCCAGCUGCUGUACAGCAACGGGCUCCGGACCGAGCAGGACCUCUACGUCCGCCUCAUCGACUCCAUGUCCAAGCAGGCCAUCAUCUACGAGGGGCAAGACAAGAACCCAGAGAUGUGCCGGGUCCUCCUCACCCACGAGAUCAUGUGCAGCCGCUGCUGCGACAAGAAGAGCUGUGGGAACCGCAACGAGACCCCCUCCGACCCCGUCAUCAUCGACAGGUUUUUCCUCAAGUUUUUCCUCAAAUGCAACCAAAACUGCCUGAAGAACGCGGGGAACCCCCGGGACAUGCGGCGCUUCCAGGUGGUCGUCUCGACGACGGUGAACGUGGACGGCCACGUCCUGGCCGUGUCCGACAACAUGUUUGUCCACAACAACUCCAAGCAUGGGCGGCGGGCACGGCGCCUCGACCCCUCCGAAGCAGCCACCCCCUGCAUCAAAGCCAUCAGCCCCAGCGAGGGCUGGACCACAGGAGGUGCCACCGUCAUCGUCAUCGGGGACAACUUCUUCGACGGGCUGCAGGUCGUCUUCGGCACCAUGCUGGUGUGGAGCGAGCUCAUCACACCUCACGCCAUCCGGGUGCAGACCCCCCCGCGGCACAUCCCCGGCGUGGUGGAGGUGACGCUCUCCUACAAGUCCAAGCAGUUCUGCAAGGGCGCCCCAGGACGCUUCGUCUACACCGGAGGUCCUGCUGAAGCGGGCGGCCGACCUGGUGGAGGCUCUCUAUGGGAUGCCGCACAGCAACCAGGACAUCAUCCUGAAGCGAGCGGCAGACAUCGCCGAGGCACUGUACAGCGUCCCCCGCAACCCCAGCCAGCUCUCCUCGCUGGCCGGCACCCACGGCCCCGCCGGCAUGAUGGGGGUGAACUCCUUCGGCAGCCAGCUGGCCGUCAACAUCGGCGACUCGCCACAGGGCACCGAGCAAGGCUACUCCCGAAACACGGGCAGCGUCUCGCCACGGGGCUACGUGCCCAGCUCCACGCCGCAGCAGAGCAGCUACAGCGGUGCCGCCGGCAUCAAUGGCUACGGCGGCGGCACCAUGGCUGGCCUGGGGGUGCCCGGCUCCCCCAGCUUCCUCAACGGCUCCACCGCCAACUCCCCCUAUGCCAUCAUGCCCGCCAGCCCCCCGCUCGGCGCCUCCUCCAUCACCCUCCCGUCAGGCACCAACGCCUCCACCCCCACCGGGGUCUUCUCCUUCUCGCCCGUCAACAUGAUCUCGGCGGUGAAGCAGAAAAGCGCCUUCGCCCCCGUGGUGCGGCCACAGACCUCCCCGCCGCCCGCCUGCGCCAGCACCAGCGGCAGCAGCCUGCAAGACCCGGCUUUCGAGGACUCGGACAAGUUCCACACGCCUGCGCGGCCGCUCCAGGGACUGGCCUAUUCCUAAGCGCAGUAGGUCCUGGGAUGUGCCAGCCCCGGAACCCCCCAUCCUGCUGGGACGGGCAGGGGGAGCGGGGCCAAGGAGGGCAGAGACCCCCCUGCCUCGGCGUGCCCACCCCUCGCCUUCCCUUGCAGCCGUGCCCGGCCACCUCAUGCCACCCAUGUGAGCCGGAGCUGUGACAUGGACUGGGACUGAGCGUGGCCUCGCAGCCCAGCAGUGCCAGCCCCUCUGACCCGCUCCAGGGCACGCAGGGCUCCGGGACCCACCGCCCCGCUGCCCUGCGGUUGCCCCAGCCCGGCCCCAUGGAGCUCAGCUCCCUCGCAGUGGGGUGACCCUGGCCAGGGCCAGCACCGGCGUGGCUUGGCAUGGCUCAGCUUGCCAGGCAGCCCCUUCUGAGGUCCGAGAGGGGCCUUGGGGAUGGGGAAAGACCCAAACGCUCUGGGUUUAGCCUCAGAAAGAUGCUGAAAGACUGGUGGGGGUGUGGGGCAGCGGAAGCUGCAGGCAGGAUGCUCGCGGGUAGGAGGAAUGGAUGCUCCAGGGCGGGAGGGAUGGAUGCUCCAAGGCAGGAGGGGUGCUCCGGGACAGGAUGGGGGGAUGUUCUGGGGCAGGAUGGGUGCUCCAAGGCAGCAGCGAUGCUCUGGGGUGGGAUGGAUGCUCCAGGGCAGGAUGGGGGAAAUAUUGCUAGGUGGGACGGAUGCUCCGGGGUAGGAUGGGGGAAAUGUUCCUAGGCAGGAUGGAUGCUCGGGGGCGGGAGGGCUGCUCCAGUGGGACCCAGCUCCCCCCCACACACACUUCCCGGCUCUCUCACCACCUUGGCCAGCACUCUCUCCCCAGAUGUGCAGCUCCACAUCUGGAGCCGCCCACCCGCAGCUCCCGGGCGGCCGAAGCCGGAUCUCUGCCUGUGCCCUGCGCCCCCACGAAGGAUGGGGGCCUCGGCACCGCCCGGGCAGGGGGACGUGAGCUGUCCCAGCCCACCGACCUGAGCCCCCGCCAUGGGGAUGGCACGGUUCCUGGCCCCAUCAGCUGCCAGGGCUCUCUGCGCCAGGACACAACCACAGCUCUUUUCUCAUUAAUAUCACCAUUAUUAUUAAUAUAAUAUUAUUAUUAUUAUUAUUUUUAGCAGCAGGCGAGCCAGCGGGCAGGGGCUCUGACAGGGUGGGCAGGAGACCUCCGGCCCUGGCACUGCCUCCCUCCGCUGGGGUUUUCCCUGUCCUCCCAGCCGGGAGGGAGCAGCCAGGAAUUUUGUAAAUAAAGAAAAAGGGAAAAAAACCAAACUACUCCCCCCAUGCCCGCAUCCCGCCCAUGGGAGUGGCCCGUGUCCCCCGCUGUGUCUUGUGCCGCUGUGUGCCACAGGGAUGGUGAUGCCACGGUGCCCUUCUCAGUGUCAGCAAGCGUCCCCCCUGUGCAGCCCCCGUUGCCCCUCGCUUGGUGCUGGGUCCUCAGCUGAGGUCUCCAGCCCCUGCCUGGGGUCACCAUGGGGGUCCCAGGGCUGGCGGCAGCUUCCCACCUGCCCUUGGGGACAGGGUGCCCCCCCAGGGUCCUGGUCCCCCUGUGGUGGUGGUGGUGCAGGACGACGAUGCCGGGGUCCCUCAGAGCAGGGGCCUU